AUGUCACAGCAGCAUACAAUGGCACAAUAUUCAGCAUUUAAUGACUCCUUUAGUCCAUUUAGCCUGCAUUUCUAUCGCAAAUAUUUCCAAUUGAAUACAAUCGAUUUUUUCUCUCAGUGUGCUGCUGCUUUCAAUCCUAUUGGAAAACUCUCAGAUGCCCAAAUGAAUAGCACCGGAGAUUUAUAUGGGCCAGUAUGGAUAACUGCUACAAUUGUUUGGUGCUUGUUUUUCAGCAACACACUAUCAGAUAUCUUGAAUGUAUAUAUGACAGGCAAAGACAUCAACCAGAAUUAUACUGGCCUAUUGCUGAGGGCUAUUAACUUGCUCUAUGGCUAUAUCCUGUUGGUGCCAUUACUGUUUAUAGCCGUGACACGUUUCGUUUACAAGAUCCCGCAAAUAAUUUGCUAUAGCCGAUUAGUAUCAAUAUACGGCUAUGCUAACGUGAUAUGGGGACCUGCUUCGCUAUUUGCCGUGUUAAGAGCAGUUUUUCCAGGGCAUCCCAAACUGAGUAUGAUACUGAAAUGGUUUGUCAUUCUCUUGGGUGGUGUUUUCAGUGGCUUGAACAUAUCAAGUAAGCUCUAUCAUUACCUGAACGAUGUCGCUUUCGUUGAAGACCAAAAGAGCAGUCUCCUUCUAAUCUCGGGUGUCAUUUUCUUACACCUAUGUUUCACAAUUAUAGUUAAGAUUGUCUUUUUCGGCGAGCUACAGUGA